AUGUCUUACUACGACAUUGACUCGAUUCUCACUGACGCCCAGAUCAAAGCGGGCACGCGGAUAGACCUCCCAUUAUGGCUGGGUGAAAUGCUUUCAAUCGGCGCCCGACUGGGUACAUCGCGGCUGGUGACGCUAGACCUGCCCUCCGCGCUGUCGGAGCGGGUUAUGAACGCAUUGAAAGCCGAUGCUCGGACGGUGGAUCUGCGCGCAUUGGCGCCGCAUUUCUACAACCUGAGCGAACGGAUCCUGGAGUUGUUUGAGGAAGAGGAAAUGGUCGAUGUGUUGAGCAAUACGUUUAAGAAGCGGGCAGCAGAAAUCGCCGACCACGCACAUAAUCCCAAAGGCGCACUCGGCGAGGGGGUAGAGUUUCUGCGCGGUCUGGACGAAACGGAGCGGCAAUUAUUCCGAGUGGCUCAUGACAGUGCGAAGCAGACACGGAUCUGGGCUGGAGAGGCGAAGAAACGAUAG